GAUUCCUUUUUAUUCUCAUCUUUCACCUUCCUUUGGCUUCACUUCAACUUGGCUCUUAGAUGCUGCUGAGGCACUCUUCUUGGGGGAGAGUGUGCGAAGUAUAUCUUCGUGUAUGUGUGUGUGUGUGUAGGGUGUGUGUGUGUGUCGGACAUGAUCGUGGCUGAGCGAUAAAAGUGCCUCCUUCAAGAAUGGUCUUGCUGCAUUUGCUCUCUCGCUCAAAGAUCAGCUCACUCUGGCCUCUCACAGCUUUAUGAGAUAUUCACAGGGUGACCAGAUCCCGACGAACUCUCUGUGAGACUUUGUGUAUGAUGCGUAAGCAAGGCAAGGCAAGGAAAGUCUGAGAAAAAUUUGUAUAAUAGUGCCAUAGUGUGUUGCAGUUUGGCAAUGACUUCAGCUGCUACGCUGAAGUAGCAGUUGUGUUGUCAGUUACAGACAAAUGGCAUCACUGGUAAUACAUUUUUAUCUGUAGUUUGAAAAUAAUACUGAGCUCCUUUUAUUGGGCUGCGGAUACGGCUGUCACUUCUGUCUGCUUGGCACCUUGUUGAAUCUACAUGUUUACGACUUAUUUUGAAGAGAGGAAGCAGAUGUCUCCGUUUUUAGGAAGAGUCGACUAGUAAAGACCUCUGGUUGUUGUCAGCUAGCUUCUUAGCUAGUUCACAAGAGUUUGUUACCAAAACACAGAAGAAGUUCCCACCACUUCAAACUUUUUGAUCUUGAUAAAAUAAAACCAGCGAAAGACAAGAUACAAAUGAUUUUUGAUCCCUAUUAGAAUAUGGUUACAGACUAGCUGCUAGCAACACUGCAAUUAGCAUUUGAUUUUUAACUUAAAGCUAAACUAAAAAUCUACUUUGCUAUGCUCGGCCUUGAAAAAGAGAUUCUUAAUCCAAUGGUAACUUCCCAGUAACUUCAAUUUUUAUGUAUUCAGAACCCGAGGACAAAAUAUUCCACAGUGAUUACAAAUUAUGUAAAAUAGAGUUGGUUGGUUUCUGAAAUCUCUGAUCAGAUUUAAUAACAUUUAAUAAGCUAAUUUAAUAACAUCGCUAAAAUCUCAUCUUCUUCAUGUGAAUACAGUUCAUCAUCUCCCUUUAUGAGUGGGUGCAAAACACUUUAUUUAAAAAAAACCCAUUAGCAAACAAAAACCAGAACGUGUGGCAUGUACAGUAUAUGUAUGUAGUGCUCUACAAUCUGACACCCCUCAAUAAAUUUCCUUUUGUAAGUGUCGUCCUGCUGCGUUGCUUCUGAUAGGUGGAAAAUGUUGAUCAUUUCUGAAAUUGUAUGAGAAGGUAUUAAACUGUUUUUCAGGCUCACAUAAGAGGGGCACCUGGCCACCCUAAAUAUUCACAAAGAAGCUGCUCUUUGACCCCACCCCUCCAGCUUCCAGCAUUGCCUCAGCACUAUUUCUUUGGAUCACUUUAAGAGCUGCGCUUGAACUGUACAUCACUGUUUUUGGUCAAGAAAACAUGUGAAAUAAUUGACGAUGUAGUAACACUUUAUCAUAGCUAACCCCUUAGUUAGAUAAUUCCAAUUUUGUUGAAUACUCUAACGUAAUUAAAAAAAAAACAUAAUGAAAAUCAUUUCAAAAGGGAUAGUAAAUUAAAUUGAAUUUUACACUGUGGUUAUAGUAAAGUGUUACUGACAUCAUAUUAUGGCACACUCUGGUGUUUUUGUGACUGUCUCCACUGCUGUUGUAUCUUUUUGUGUCUCCUCUACUGCCCACCACUCCAGUAGUGAAAAUGCACACAAAGACAGACUUUGUGGGUGCUGCCCAAGAACUCUUAGUCGGAAAGCCAGUCUGAAGGACAAGGUGUUUCCCAGUCCUUCCAAAGCCCCCGUGAUUAAGGGAAAAGCCCCCUCUCCGGGGGCAGAAGACGGCGCUGAAGCCAGCCCGAGCAAAGGCACCAAAAGCUGGAGCAGAGUCCGGGGUGGCGCCUCUCGCCAAAACUCAGAUGUGCUGAUUGAAAUGCAGGAUGAAGACUUUGGACUGAAGAGUUCUCCAGCAAUUGAAGGUUUAAUAAAGGCGAGCCUCCCCGGAGAGGAAAUCGGUGAUGAUAAGAGCUGCCACUGUGAGUUUUUCACCCAGGAAUUACCUCCAGGACUCAAAGUUACUAUUAGGGCUAUUUGCGUCAUGAAGUUCCUGGUGUCAAAGAGGAGGUUCAAGGAGAGUCUGCGGCCUUAUGAUGUGAUGGAUGUGAUUGAGCAGUACUCUGCAGGUCACCUGGACAUGCUGUGUCGCAUUAAGAAUCUGCAGUCCAGGAUAGAUAUGAUUGUGGGGCCCCCUCCCCCAACAACACCGCGCCAUAAGAAGUCCACUGAAGGUCCUAGAGUUGACCAGAUCGUUGGCAAAGGCUCCAAAGUGGAUGGAGAGGGAGUGGAGGACCAGAGCAUGAUGGGACGACUUGUCAAAGUGGAGAAACAGGUUUUUUGCAUGGACAGGAAACUUGAUUUUCUGGUCAAUGUGUAUGUUCAGCGUAUGGGCAUCACUCAUUCAGAAACAGAGGCCUUUUUUAACUCCAAGGAGCCGUACCCAGCACCGCCUUACCACAGCCCGGAGGAGACCAAGGAAGAGAAGGACGAAGAUGAUGCGACCAAGGUGGAAAAGAAAGCCAACACGUGUUCCGCCAUGGCAGACGUCUCCCGUUCUGAUAGGUCUCUGGAAAAGAAAGAUCCUUUACUCGGUCAGUCCGUGGCACGGUCGGUUGGCACUCCAUCCGGCAGCAACAGCCGCCCCUCCACUUCCUGGCAGCACCAGCUGCAGCACCCCCUCAGCCAGCCUGCCUGGGGCAGCAGCAUGGCCAACACCCCUUCGCCCAUCUUAGCCGCCGGUGACCAGUCACCCCCCGUCUUCCGCCUGCCUCCGCCGCCCGCACCGACACAUGACAGGUCAUCCUCGGGUGCAUGUGGGAGCGGCAGGGAGAGCAGCUCUCAGGGCAGGCGACGCCACAGGAGGCACAGGUGUCAGCACGACACCACGGUCGUGGAGAGUGACACCUCCCUCUCCAUCCCGUCUGUUGACCACGAGGAGCUGGAGCGCUCCUUCAGCGGGUUCAGCAUCUCUCAGACGAAAGAGGACUUCUUUGGGCCAUCUUUCUUUGCGGGUUCAGGAGGAGGAGGAGGAGGCGGUGGUGCAGCGGCUGAAGCUGUAGGCGGACGCUCAAUCUGCGCCAGGGUCCGACCGUUCAUAGCCGAAGGGGAGUCGGAUACUGACUCAGACCUGUACGCUCCGUCGCCGCUGUCCUUCACCGGAGAGACGUCCUGUGGUGAGAGGGGCUGGCUUGGAUUGAAGUAGGCCAGAGGAAUACUCUGCUCAGGCUGGAGAUGACACAUCAGUGCCAAGACGAGAUCAUCAGACCUCCUGUCCAACCGGCUUACCAUCCACUAUGAUGAUGAUUUAGACAAUUCUGAGUGGAUUCACAUGAGCGGCCGCGCUUUAUGACAAAGGUUAUAUUGGUACAAGUUUUCAGAAGGUUUCAGAUAACCUUCGAAAAAUCAGAGGUCAUGUUUUCUCACUUUUUCUGUUAAUAAUCAAACAUUUCACUAGCAAUGAUUACUGACAGUUGCUUCAUAUAUUUUGUGGAAUUUAAAAUAUUGGAUUAACGUUGAGGCCCCAUCAAUACCAACACCGAUUUUUGGUAAAAAGAUAAUGUUCAACUGUUCUGGCAGUACAAAUCCAGAACUGCCACAAAUUUAAAAUUUGAAAUUUCCAUUAGUGCUUUAACUCGAUAGUUGGAGAUUAUUCUAACAUCUUCCUCUAUCCUCUCUAAUAUUUCUUCCUUAUAAACUUCAAGUGGAAUUCUAAACGUUGUAAGACUGAGAGCAAAUGGUAGCCAGUGCCAAGGUUUGAAUUUGGAUGUGUUAAUGUUGAUAUUAUUGCCCCCUACUGGCACAGCUGAGGUACUACAGCGUUUUUGACUGGAAUCACAGAUCACAAAUGCUGAUUUUUCUUUCCAUUAGUUUAUAAAAUUACGUGGAAAAGUGAAGACCAGGCAUAAGAUUGAUGAACAUUUUAUUAGGUAAAGAGUGAAAUAUAUACCGUUUGCAUUCUGCUGAUAUCUGAAUAUGAUUUAGAUUGUCAAAGAUUUUUAAAUCUGUGGUUCAUAAUACCACUUUUUAUGUUAAAAACAUUUUGCAUUUGAAAAAAAAAUACUGAGAGUUUGUGUAAUGCAAAGUUGUUAGCAUAACGUCCUGUAAACCUCUAUAUCUUUGAAUGACUUGAGGUAUUAUGAUGCCAAACCUGUUGCUAUGGUAAAUGGUUAGAUUCUUGCAGAGUAAAAACAAAUAUGCUUGCUUACAACAUGGUUAAUUCAGCCUGCAGUAAAUAGAAAAAGACAAAGAAGCAACUCCCCUUAAAGUAAUACCAAGCGAUAAAACAGAGUACCUCCUGCAUGGCAUGUUAAACGGUUGAUUUUAGGACUGUUAGAUAGACUAUAAACCAAAGCAGCAGCAGCAAAAAAGUCACUUCAACUACAUUAUUUCCUGUUCUGCAGAGACAAUGGGGUGCAUAAAACAUGAAGUAUAUGCACCACUCGUGAUAUGCAUGCACGAGUGGUUUCAAGCUAGCGUUUUUAAUGCUCCUAAAAGGCUUUGCUUGAUUUCCAAUCAUGCAAAUGCUGCUUGAGCUUGCAAAAUUCAAAAACCAACACAACAUUUUUGGGCAUACUUGAGUGCAAUGUUAAAUAUAACCAAAAAAAGGGCUGAGUUUGAUGCAGCUUGUAGAUUUUUCUGGGUUUUACACCAAAUACAUCCUUGGAGUUGGAUUGUGUAACUUUACUCAGACAUGAUGGUGGUUAUCCUGAACUGCAUUGAUUUUUCCAGUAAAAUUUCUUUUGCUACUUUGGUUCUACAACAAAAAAGGAAAUGCAAUAAAGAAGCAAACAGCGCAAAUGAGAACCAUCUUUAAACACUCAAAGCCUUAUUUUCAACCGGCUCCAUUUUAUAAAUAAAUCAAUUAUUUCAUUUUUUAAUGUUUUGUAAAAGAGGUGACAGUUGAUCUUCAGUCAGUCUGAUUUAAAAAACAGAUCAAACAUUUUCAUUUCAAUUCAGUUCUAACAUGCAGCAUUUAAUAGCUCUUAUUUGUUAGAACCAACCCCCAACAUUUUAACAUUAAAACUCUAACAUGAAAAUCAUAUCAAGAAUUAUCAUUUAUUAGAGACUGUUAGUACAAAAUCCACAUUUUACCAAAAGAAAAAUAAAGACAGAAACCUGCAGGCAUGUUUUUAAUAGCAAAUGGAUUAAAUCUAAAAGGUUUUGGAGGCCAGAGAACGGGUUCAAGUUCAACACGAUGUAACUGCUGCACCAUCAUCUUCUUCAAGAAUAAAACUUUGUACAUUACUGAAAA